UCAUUUAUAAAAUGGUUUCUUGCAACUCUUAUGUCAUAAAUUAAUAUCUUUAAAACCAACAAAACUUGAAUCUUUUUUUCUAAAAGUAAUAAACUAAUUUUCUUUUUGUUAUUUGGAGGGAAAAUAUGGCUCAAAUUCUCACAUUCUUUUAUGUUUGGAUCAUUUUUUUAUCUGUACUUAUUAUUGUGACCGAUGGAGGAAAGCGUGGCUUCGAACCUAUUGGAUCUUUCAUUCCUUGUCGAUCAUACAAAGAUUGUCCAGAAGAUAUGUGCUUGCCUCCACGAAUACGACAUUGCAUAUUGGGUUAUUGUGAAUGUCGUUAAGCAUAACAAUCAUGUUGAGAAAUAUUUGAAUAUUUCUUAUAAUGUGUUGUUUUAUUUUCUUUUUUCAUAUCAUAAUAACGCAAAUAAUGUUGUUAAAUUAACUUUAAAAACUGGAAAUAAAAAUGAUAAAAUAUGCAAAAAGUACUAUUUCGUUGGAAUGUGUUUUUUCAGCCAUUAGAAUUUAUAGAUUUUGAAAAAUCUCUUUAAUUACAAUGUUUGUUGUUUUCGUUGAUUUUUUGUUUUUCUUAAUUAUGAAUCAAUUCUUAAACCAUUUUUGCUUUUAAUCUUAAAAUUGCAUCGUAUAGUUGUCAAGAUAUUAUCCAGUAAAGUCC